CGUAGUGCAAUUGUCUUGUCUUCGUACCCAUUUUCCCCCAAUUCGAACCCUAGCUCUGUUGCCGCAGCGGCCAUGAGCUCCUCCUCCACGAACCACCGCGAUCCCAACUCUCCGGCAACCUCUCUUCCUCCCACCCAAAGUGGUGGCAGUUCUGGUAUUGAAGGGAAUGUUGAUCAUGAAGGUGAGAAAGAACCUGUGACUGGGAUGACAUUUAGCUCUGAAGAUGAGGUGACCAGGUAUUACAUGAAUUAUGCUCAAUGUAAGGGGUUUCGAGUUUCUAAAAUAAGUUCGAAAAAUGGAGAUGAUGGGAGGAAGUAUUUUACUCUUGGGUGUAAUCAUGCGAGGAAAUAUGUGACCCAUCGGAAGAAUGUUUCGAAGCCGAAUCCUAUUCCGAAAGAACAGUGUAAGGCUAGAUUGAAUGCGUGUAUGUGUUCCGACGGUACGAUUAUUAUUUCAAGAGUUGUUGUUGAGCAUAAUCAUGAACUAGGUCCAACCACACAGCGAUAUUAUAAUCGCAGCAAGGUUUUGGGGACUCGUAUGAAAAGGAGGUUAGAGCUUAAUGAUCAAGGUGGAACUAAUGUAAGAAGCACCUUUCAAUCAUUAGUUGUUGAAGCGAAUGGGUUUGAGAAAGAAGAUGACACAAGAUGGCUACAACUUGGGAUAGGAGACUCUGAGGCAAUUCAGAACUAUUUUGUUAGAAUGCAAAAGCAAGAUAGUCGAUUUUUUUAUUUGAUGGAUGUGGAUGAUAGAAGUCGUUUACGAAAUAUAUUCUGGGCCGAUGCGAGAUGUAGGGCUGCACAUGAGUAUUUUGGUCAAGUUAUAACUUUUGACACUACAUACAUAACAAAUAAAUAUCACAUGCCUUUAGUUUCUUUUGUCGGAGUAAAUCAUCAUGGUCAGUCCGUGUUGCUAGGUUGUGCUCUAUUGUCAAGUGAGAGUACUAAGACUUUUAUUUGGUUGUUUGCGACAUGGUUGGAAUGUAUGUAUGGACGUGCUCCAAAUGCCAUAAUUACUAAUCACAACAAAGCAAUGAAAAAUGCCAUUGAGCUUGUCUUUCCAAAUGCUCGUCGUGGAUUGUGCUUGUGGCAUUUAAUGGAAAAGGUUCCAGAAAAGUUGGGUGUGCACUCUAGUUAUGAGUCUAUCAAAACAUUGUUGCAUGGCGUUGUGUAUGAUUCUUUGAGUCAAAGUGAUUUCAUGGAGAGGUGGGGAAAAAUGAUUGAAGAUUAUGAGUUACAAGAUAAUGAAUGGUUGAAGGGGAUAUUUGAUGAGCGGCAUUGUUGGGCUCCUGUUUAUGUGAGAGACUCAUUUUGGGCUGGAAUGUUAAUAACACAACCAAGUGAAAGCUUGAACUCUUUUUUUGAUGGGUAUGUAAACUCAAAAACCACAUUGAAGCAAUUUUUUGAAAGGUAUGACAAUGCCUUGAGGGAUCAAAUUGAAAGAGAAAACAUGGCUGAUUUUUAUUCAUUUAAUACAGUAAUUGCUUGUAUAAGUCAUUUUGGCUUUGAGGCACAAUUCCAAAAAGCAUAUACAAAUGCAAAAUUCAAGGAAUUACAAGUAGAGGUUGCUUCUAUGAUGUAUUGUAAUACUUGCUUUGAGAGAUUGGAGGGCUUAAAAUCAAUAUUUUCUGUUGUAGAAAACAAGAAAGUAUGUGACAAAAUUGAAGAUGUUGUGUUCAGUGUGUCAUUCAAUGAAGAAGACUUUGAAUUGCAUUGUUCAUGUUGCUUAUUUGAGUUUACAGGUAUUUUAUGUCGACAUGUUCUUUGUGUGCUUAAGCUCAUGGGUAAAACAGAGUCUGUGAUACCUUAUUAUGUUUUGUCACAUUGGAGAAAGGAUAUAAAGCGACGACAUACACUUGUUAAAUGUGGUUUUGAUCAUUUAGCUGGACAUGCUGACUUGCAACGACUUGAUAAAGUUUGUGAUGCCUUUUAUGAAGUUGCUUCUAUGGGGAUAAAUACUGAUGAUGAUUUGUUGAAGGUGAUGAAUUGGAUAAAGGAUUUGAAGAUUAAGUUAACCUGUGAAGAAACAUCUCCUAGGAUGAUCGAAGCAUGAUUAAUAAAUUGAUGAUCGAUGUUUUGGGACAUGAGAGUCAGUCAUUUGCUACUUGUAAUUAUAUAGAUGCUGAUGUUGGUGUAGUUGAAAGAAGAGGAUAUAUUUUGUAACUAUUUGGUCUUUUUCAUGUUAUAACUUACUGUUUUAAGAGCUUUAUAUGUAAAGGUUCUGUUUUGUCUCUUAUAUUGUUAUAUUUAUUUUUACA